GCCGGAGGCUCCUGUAGACGUGCAUACUCGAGUGUUAAAUACGCUCUGUCCCAGGCGUCCCUUCUUGCAGCCUUGACGUGGCUCACUCAGUACUCUGGACAAACCUCAGUGGAAGUAUCUACGAAUCCUCAGCCUCACUCAGCACUUCUCAGAAGUCGAUCGCGCUCUCGGGCUGCGGUCACAGGAUACCGUCAAGACGUUUUCCAAUCUCCUAAACUCCGUCCACCACCCGUACGCAGGAGCCCGUUGUGCCUCUCGAGGAGGGAGUACAGCGGACUCGCCCUUUACUCACUAAGGGGCGUCAUCACAUAUCGCGCAAGUAAACCAAGCCUUGGCCCACAAGCCAUCAUGGCACCGCACGCCGAGGAAGCUGCUGCGGGCCUUGCGUACGGGGACGGACAGGCAAAUGGCAAUGGAGUUCGCCAUGGUACCGACAACAAACCUCUCUUCAAGGUGAACUCCUCCAAUGUCAAGUACACGGACAGUGAGAUCUUGUCCAAGUACAUCUACCGCACCACCAGCGUGGCCACCGCCGACGAUGGCAGUUACACGGCGACUCCCCAUGAGACUGUGUACAACUUCCAUGUUGAUCGCAAGGUGCCCAAGGUUGGCAUGAUGCUUGUUGGCUGGGGCGGGAACAAUGGUACCACCGUCACCGCGGGCAUCAUCGCCAAUCGCCGCGCCCUCGUGUGGGACACUCGUGAAGGCCCUCGUGCUGCCAACUACUAUGGGUCCCUCAUCAUGGGCUCCACCAUGAAGCUGGGAACUGAUUCCAAGACCAACGCGGAUGUGAACAUCCCGUUCCACGAUGUGCUUCCCAUGGUGCACCCGAAUGACCUCGUCGUUGGUGGUUGGGACAUCAGCGCCAUGGACCUUGCUCGAGCCAUGGACCGUGCCGCUGUCCUGGAGCCUACGCUCAAGGCAAUGGUGAAGAAGGAAAUGGCCGAGAUGCGCCCCUUGCCGAGCAUCUACUACCCCGACUUCAUUGCUGCGAACCAGGAGGAUAGGGCUGACAACGUCCUCCCGGGCAAAAAGGCCUCCACCGCGCAUGUUGAGCAGAUUCGCAAGGACAUCCGUGACUUCAAGGCUCAACAUGGUCUUGACAAGGUCAUAGUCCAGUGGACAGCCAACACAGAACGUUACGCUGACAUUGUCCCGGGGGUGAACGACACCGCCGACAAUUUGCUCAAGUCCAUUGAGCAGGGCCACGAGGAGAUCUCGCCGUCCACCGUCUUCGCAGUGGCAUGUAUCCUUGAGAACACCCCCUUCAUCAACGGCAGCCCGCAGAACACAUUCGUGCCUGGCGCAGUUGCUCUCGCCGAGCGCCAUGGGGCCUUCAUCGGUGGUGAUGACUUCAAGUCGGGCCAGACCAAGAUGAAGUCCGCCCUUGUCGACUUUCUGAUCAACGCGGGCAUCAAACUAACGUCCAUUGCGAGCUACAACCACCUUGGAAACAACGACGGCAAGAACCUCAGCUCGCAGAAGCAGUUCCGGAGCAAGGAGAUCUCCAAGUCCAACGUCGUCGACGACAUGGUCGAGGCGAACACGGUGCUGUACAAGAAGGGCGAGCACCCUGAUCACACAGUGGUGAUCAAGUACAUGCCCGCAGUUGGAGAUAACAAACGUGCCCUUGAUGAGUACUAUGCUGAGAUAUUCAUGGGCGGUCACCAGACGAUUUCCAUCUUCAACGUCUGCGAGGACUCCCUCCUCGCCUCGCCCCUCAUCAUCGACCUCGUGCUCGUCACGGAGAUGAUGACGCGCAUCCAGUGGAAGACAGAGGGCGACGACGGCUAUAAGAGCUUCCACAGCGUCCUCAGCGUCCUCAGCUACAUGCUCAAGGCACCGCUCACGCCGCCCGGCGCCCCGGUGAUCAACUCCCUGGCCAAGCAACGCGCUGCGCUGACCAAUAUCUUCCGCGCAUGCGUCGGCCUCGAACCCGAGUCGGACAUGACCUUGGAGCACAAGUUGUACUAAGCUCUUACGCACUUGAUAUCAAGGCCCCUGACCGCAGGUGCCUUGAUUGUGCCCCGGAUACGCUUCCUCCUGCUUAUCUCCUGCUUGUCAGUGAAAAGUGGCCGCGGCACGAACACAUAAUUAACUUUCUCGAUGCGGCCCAGCAGUAUAGUCCUGCACAACGGGCGCAGCUGUUUAUAUGUGAUGCCGUUUUCUGCGGCCAUUAUUAGUGUUGCGUUUCGACACUAUCCUAGCACAGAAGAAAAUAUACCAACAGUCCCUACCGAGAAAUUUGCUGCAGACAGGCUACAGGGCGAGGAGUACCCUAGAGGUACCAGUUGACUUGUUUGCGCUUGGAUUUGAGUGAUAUGUUGACUGAUACAAACCGCCGUCAGUCGCGAAAUCCGGACCACACAUGUGUCCAGUAAAUAUUUUUAGUGGUAUGCCUGUAGCGGGCGAUUGGAAUUCCGUCCUAGUGGUUUCUCCUGGUAACAGUCUAUGUUUGCCCAUGGCGGGUCCGCAAUUCGAACCAGUUGCCAAUUCACUCCAAUGUCUUCAAAAGCUCGUCAAACUCCUUCAUCCUCUCUAAAGAUUGCGCAAGGCUGGGAAGAGUCUCUGCCUCUGGCAACCCACCAGCCCCCCCGGAAGCUCCGUUGUCCCACCAUUUGGCGAACCGCUCGUAAAUCUCGCCAGUGCUCCUCGCCCGCAGAGGUAUUUCCUGCUGCCAAUCUUCCCACUUCGCCUCCACAUCCACAACCUCAUCAGUCUCGUGGUCGUGAACCUGGAUCUGGACGGGCUCACGAUAUGAGUCCCCGGAGAAGAUGUACGGUCCGGAGGGGCUCGUCAGCAGUAUUUCCCCCUUCUCACCGUUGAUGCUCCAAACGAAGGCCGGCUGUCCCUUGAAAGGCGGACCGAGCCUAAAGUUGAUGGCGAGUGAUGCCCCAUCCACGACAUUCCUCCUCCCGGGAGCAAGCUUCCCAUGAAUCGCAAGGAAAUCCGGCACGUCAGACUCUACCGUUCUGACCGUAGCGCUAUGAGCGUCCCGGAUAUGAAUCCGCGGCCGCUGGAUCUGCAUCGUGCUGGCGGGCUUGCCGCUGUCCCACUCACCCAACACAUCGUGCACAAAGUCGAUGACGUGACCGAACGUGAUGGUCAAUGGGCUACCGCCGACGCUGCGGUUCGCGAAGUAUGACAGCCCUUCAGAUAGGGAGUCGCGCGACAGGAUAUUGGCAAAGACGCGCGCCUCGCUGCUCAGCACACGGCCCACGCGCCCCGAUCCGAUCAGCUCCUUGAGCUUCAAGACGGGCGGGCAUACGCGGCCCUGGAGGCCCACGAUACUCCUCGCUGACCCUGGGAGGUCGGCUAGGGUAAGCGCGCUGGCGUACCCAGACGCAAUGGGCCAUUCGACAAACACGGCCUUGCCCGCUUCAAGGGAGGGCCUCACGAGGGCGGCAUGGGUGUCAACGCGCGUGCAGCAGACGACGAGGUCGACGCCCUCGUCCGCUGCCAAUGCGGUCGGAUCGCCGUGAGCCCUUACGGAGGAGGGGAGUUUGAAGUGAGCCCGGGCCGCCUCUGCGGCUUGGACGCUGGAGUUGAGGAGGGCGACGAUUUCGUAGUGCUCCCUGGCACGGGGGAGGAGGAGAUACGGCAGGUGUGCUUCUGCAGCCCAUGAGGUUGUUGAGUUGGCCGAAAGGCCUAUAAUUGCGACACGGAUAGGAGCCAUGUCUGCAGAUUGCGGUGGUCACUCCUCUCUGGGCAGCUGACAGAUAAUUUGAGAUGUUGGUAGAAACGAGACUACAUAUGUGGUUUCGCUUCUAUUCCGUAUACGUCCGAGGACAUACAUGGCGCCUUCAUACGGUGGUAAGCACUCAAGACCCAGCGCUUGGAAAGAACACGAUGCCGAUAACAAUAGUUAUAAUACGAUAGGUG